AUGGCCCCCUUCAUUGCGCGCCUCCAGUACCUGACGACGCGCAAGCUCUGGCCUUUUAGCCUCGCACCUCUUUCGCAGAGCUUGCGCCGCGAUGUGCCUUAUCCAAAGCUUCAAGCUAUGCGCAGGACUGUCGAGCGUUCUAGCCAUGAUCGGCACACCAAUCCAGGCGGCACCAUUCGCGUCAGCAAAGGGAAACGAGAGAACGACGUUGUCAUUCAGGAACUUUCGCAUCCGGUCAGCGAAGCAAAGAAGCGCCGAAUCUUACUUCGUGAAGACCCAAUUGCUGUCGACAACUUCAAAGACUUCGACGCCGCCAUCUCAUACCAAUGCGGAGACGGCAUGUAUUUUUAG